UGCAGGAGCAGACCUUCCUGUACUGGGAGAGUAACUGGACGUAGAGGUCUGAGGUGACUACCCUGCGUCUCUUAUCCAUAUUUUUUGUUAAACUGCACUGUCGGUUAGGGGCCCGUAAGUAAGUAUUUCACUGUAAGGUCUACACUUGUUGUACUCGGCGCAUGAGACUAAUACAAUUUGAUUUGAUUUGAUUUAACUGGAGUAAACAGGGUGUACAGGGUCUAAAGAGACUUGAACUAGCUGGGAGCCACAAGUCAUCAUGGUUAUCCUGCUGGUCCUCACACUGAAGGUUGUCCUCCUCUUAGCUGCUGUGUGGAGUGUGUGUUCAGCAGAGUUGAUCACAGUGGAAGGAUAUGAGGGGGGCAAGGCAGAGAUCAGAUGCCCCUAUAGAGAGGAGUGGAGGAGCCACCAGAAGUACCUCUGUAAAGGGGAUUGUCCUGUUUUUAAUAAAGACAAAGUUAUUAAGACUGAGGCAGGGGAAAACAGUGCUUCUAACGGGAGAUACUCGCUGAAGGACAACAGAGAGGAAAGUGUCUUCAUUGUGACCAUCACCAACCUGACGUUAAAUGAUGCUGGGAGAUACUGGUGUGGAGUGGACACAUGGGGACAAGAUAACUACAUUAAAGUGAACCUUGAAGUCUCUGAAGCAGCACCAACAAUCACCACCAAAACAGAACCUACUACAACCGCAUCAAACCCUGGUUCACCAACUUCAUCAUCCUUAGCCAUCUCACCAUCAUCCAUCUCAUCAACACACAAUGGAUCUGGAGCAUCAGUGAUCAUCAUAGUAUCUAUGAGUCUGGUUACAUUGCUGCUUGUAGUCGGUCUGCUUAUAGUCUACAGAUGGAAAUGCAACAAGGAAACAGCUGUCUCCUCUGCAUCGACGGUGAACACUGGGAUCAACAGAGAGGGUUGUGAUGGUGACUAUGAGGAAAUAAAUGACCAACCCCUACAUUCCAACAUCUACGCCAACUUACCCACGUGCCCCUCUGAAUCUCAACUUCCACAAGGACCCCAGCUGCCCCAAUGAAGCCAGUGCUGUCAUUUAAGAGGGCACUUCUUCUGGUGAUGCCACUGUCAACGUUGGUCUCAACCCUGCCUACUCCUCCCAUCUACUCCAGUCAGCAAACCCAGAAACACCUGAGUCACUGUCAACCAAUCAGAAGGGACAUACACACACUGGCAACCAGUCACAGUGACCUGUUAUUAACUAUGUGUGCCACCUCUUGAGCGUUGAGAUUUAAUUUGAGCAAACAUCUGCAUAAUCUGCUUCAUGUCCUCAAUCAGAUGUGCUACUUUGACUUGGGACUCAUGUCUCUGCUCACCUUGUCUUAAUGUUUAGGUCACUUAGGCCUAAUUUGCAUGUUAAUAUCUAAGUAAAUAUUGGCUCACUAUAUGCAUUAUAAUUGUCUAAUGGUUUUUAACACAUAAUUAAGGGAUAAUCAAUGAAGGACUAUGCUUUCUGUGGAAAAUAAUGCACGAUUUGGAAGUUGUGCCACCACGCACAGCGCCGUGGCACUAACCUUCCACGGAGUUGCAUUAUUUACCAGGAAACGCAUAGAGCCCUGAGUUGACUAUUCCGCUUAUACCACAGCUAUAACACUUUCUGCUAUAACACUCGCCCCCCCCCCCCCCCCCCCCAGACCAUGUGCCCACUAUGCCCAACAUCAUUUAAUAGUUAUUGAUUUGAUACCGGUACCCCUGUAUAUAGCCUCGUUAUUUUUUUAUUUUACUAUUUUUGAACUGCAUUGUUGGUUAAAGGAUUUAAAGUAAGCAUUUCAUGAUAAGGUCUACUACACCUGUUGUAUUCAGAGCAUGUGACAAAUACAAGUUGAUUUGAACUGUAAAUGAGAGGAUCAUGUUAUGUAGAAUUAAAACAUGUUACAUUCUGA